AGUCGGAGCGAAGAACACACUCCUACCUUUCCAGUCCUCUAAAGCCUUGGCCCUAAAAACGUUGCCAAGAUGAUGAUUGGAAAUAAAUACUGGGCAAAGCGAGGAAUGUCGCUGGAUUCAGGCUUGCCGAGGCAACACCGUGUAAGCGACCAGGUACAUAAAGGAUGGUUCAAUAAAUACGAUGAGAAGAAAGUUAGCAAAGAAAAUGGCAAGAAUGAAACUACCAGGACAACAAUUCUGUUUGCCUUGAAAAAUGAAGUUGGUGGGCUUGUGAAAGCACUUCAAAUAUUUCAGGACAAACACAUCAACCUAGUUCAUAUAGAGUCCAGGAAAUCAAAGAGGAGAGCUUCAGAAGUUGAGAUAUUUGUGGAUUGCAGCAGCACAAAAGAAGAUUUUAAUGAACUGAUUCAGUUACUAAGAGUCAACACAAACAUUAUUUCGCUGAAUCCACUGGCCAGCAACUGGACAGAGGAAGAAGAUUGGGAUGACAUCCCUUGGUUUCCAAGAAAGAUUUCUGAACUGGAUAAAAGUUCCCAAAGAGUCCUGAUGUAUGGAUCAGAUCUUGAUGCAGAUCACCCAGGCUUUAAAGAUGAUGUGUACCGAAGUCGAAGGAAGUACUUUGUGGAUGUUGCCAUGAAUUACAAAAUUGGCCAACCCAUUCCCAGAGUGGAGUACACUGAAGAAGAAAUUAAGACCUGGGGAACGGUGUUCCGAGAGUUGACAAAACUUUACCCAACUCACGCAUGUCGAGAGUACCUUAAAAACUUCCCUCUUCUGACAAAGCAUUGCGGCUACAGAGAGGAUAACAUCCCCCAACUGGAAGACGUCUCUGUGUUUUUGAAAGAACGAUCAGGGUUUGUGGUCCGACCGGUGGCUGGAUAUUUGUCCCCUCGGGAUUUUUUAGCUGGCUUGGCUUUUCGAGUUUUCCAUUGCACUCAGUACGUGCGUCACAGUUCGGAUCCUUUUUACACACCAGAACCUGAUACAUGUCAUGAACUGCUUGGACAUGUGCCUCUUCUGGCAGAACCAAGUUUUGCAGAGUUUUCACAAGAGCUUGGCCUUGUCUCUCUCGCUGCAACGGAUGAAGAUGUUCACAAGUUAGCCACUUGCUACUUCUUCACAGUGGAGUUCGGGCUUUGUAAGCAAGAUGGACAACUGCGAGCUUAUGGCGCAGGACUUCUGUCUUCAAUUGGAGAACUAAAGCACGCACUUUCGGACAAAGCAAUAGUGAAACCCUUUGAUCCAAAGACAACCUGCACACAGGAAUGCCUCAUCACCACCUUCCAGGAAGCUUAUUUUUUGUCAGAAAGUUUUGAGGAGGCCAAAAACAAAAUGAGAGAAUUUUCCAAGACAGUCAAACGCCCAUAUUCUGUACUCUACAACCCGUAUACCCAAAGUGUUGAAAUCCUCAAGGAUACCAAAAGCAUUGAAAAAGUUGUUCGAGACAUCCAGGGUAAUCUUGGCACAGUGUGCGAUGCUUUAUCUAAAAUGAACAAACACUCAGGAAUUUGACUGUCUGCACAUAGAUCUAAUGCUGAUAUUGGUGUACAAGCUGCUUGCAGAAAUGGCACUAAAUACUGUGAUGUAACCUGCUCUGAGUAAUUAAUAACUUACUUGGAUGUUUCAGUAAAGCUUAUGCUGCUCUUGGGUGUGCUCCACUGCCUUACGACACAAAGAGUGUGAUGGAAAACCCAGGCAAUUCUGCAUGAACUUGACAGUGAAGUGCCCAAAAUAAGAGACUAAUCUGACUGUUCAGGGCAUGAUCUCAGUAUCAAUGGCUGGCUCUAGUUUGAAAGGGAAAGUUACAAAUCCAUUGACCUGACGAUUUCUCUGUGAAAACUAGCAGAAGUAACCAACUGAACAAUGUAAAUUUAAAGUGAUGUCAGUAAUAACUGAUGAUCUCUAACCUAUGAGACAAGUAGGCUUUGAAUAUUUUCAAGUUAAUCUUUAAUAUAAAGGAUGUCCCACUCGAAACUUAUUCUCGUAAUUGAACCUAUAUGAUUGUAAACGAUCACACAUCGUUUGAGGGUAUGAUCAAACCUUUCUUAGAUUGUCACUAUUUAUGAAAUAUGAAUUAUUUUCAAAUAAACAUAGUUAUAUUUCAUAGCAUUCUCAUUGUGGAAGCAGGCCAUUCACCUCAUCAAUUCCACACUGAUCCUCUGAAGAGCAUCCCACCCUCUCCCUGCAUUUCCCAUGGCUGAUCCGCAUAGCCUGCACAUCCCUGACCACGAUGGGCAAUUUAGCAUGACCAAUCCACCUAACCUGCAUAAUUUUGGACAGUGGGAGGAAACCAGAGCACCCGGAGGAAACCCACACAGACAUGGGGAGAAUAUUGCAAACUCGGCAUGGGCUAGAACUGAACCUGGGUCCCUGACACUGCCAGGCAGCAGUACUAAACAUUGAGCCACUGUGUAAUCCCAAAUUAUUUGUUACUGCUUCCCCAGUACAUGCACAGAUGGACUGUGGCACUCUAGAACUGUAUUUCCUAAUGUCACUAAUGUGAAACUUUCCUAUAUGAUGAAGGCGAUAUUUUUGAUGUAUAAAGGAAACUACUACAGAUUCUGGAAAUCUGAAACAAAAAUGGAAAGUGCUGGAAACACUCAGUAGAUCUAGCACCAUUUGUAGAGAGGAGAAAACCAGUUAAAUGUUUCAGGAAUGAUCUUUCAUCAGAAACGCUGCUAAUUCUACUUUUCUAACCACAGAUGCUGUGGAUUUCAAGUGUAUUUGUUUUAUUUUGGAUUUCUAGGAUCCACGUUGUUUUACUUUUGCACUUUGAAAUUUUCCUCUGCAUAGCUAAUUUCUCUCUGCUCCACCUCUCAGUUUACAUUAUUCCAGACAUUGGUUCAAAGAAACAAACAAAUAUGAAUGAUAAUUGAGGAUGAAAAUUCAAAAUCAAGCCCUCAGAACAGAUACUUGGUGCAACUUGAGCUAUGCUGCAAUUGACUUAUCAAACAAUGGGAAUCAAUUGAACAGAAUAUUCCUGCCUCAUUGUUGGCUGACCAAUUUGUAGUCACCACAGUCCCAUAGGGCAUUAUGGGGCUGCUCUCUCAUCAGACAGACGACUGGUAGUGAGUUUAACCGGGAAGGUCACCGCACCUUGGGCGAGGGAUGAGAUUAGAAGGACAAUGGUGUCCUCUGCAGGUGUAGGAAUUGAACCUCAGCUGUUGAUAUCACUCUGCAUUGCAAACCAGCCAUCCAAGCUAACCAACUCCUCCUCAUCUAUCUCAAACAACGGCAUGAAUCCAUGGGUCAUAAAUAACAAACUCGACACCACUAAACCAAAAGGAUCCUCAUAAGUCCUGGCGCUAAGAUGAUCAAAAUGUACAAAACAGAUGGUUGAUCCAAAUGUGCAGAAUUGCUAUGACAUGGGUUCUCUAUUACAUUUGCUCUUUUCUGAUCACAACCAUGAUGUGUCUUCUUAUUGCUCACUUAUCUGUGUUUUAGCCACUUGCAUUCCUAACACUGCCUGCUUUAAACUGCUUUAUUGUGACAGGAGCUCAAGUAAUCACACCUCUGACAGAAUAUUCCUUUGUCCUUUCUGUGAGAAACAGUCUUUUUUUAUUAGCAGCGUGUUAACAUCAGAAGUAUAACUGCAGCUCAGCAUAAAACUU